AUAGUCGGUGACGUGUUGUUCAAAUGAAAUCGUAUCAAUUUGUUAUCGAAUUUAAAAAUUUAUAUUAACUGAUACGGUGUACUAUAAAAUUGUUUUUUAUAAUUUCUUCAACAAAUAUGAGUUACGUUUCGAAAGAUCAAGACUACGUUUUCCAAUCACCAUUACAUGUAAAUAGUUGCAUGCCCGAUAGAGCAUUUAAAUGUCCUUGGACGAAAGAUAUUCAAAAAACAGAGAGGUCACCUCAUAGCAAAUGGGACUGGAAGCCAAACACAUCAAACGUGUUUCCUGAUGUCUUGGCAGCUACAGGAAACACACCGAUGAUAAAAUUAAAUAAAAUACCUAAGACUGAAAAUGUGGAAUGUGAAAUUUAUGGUAAAUGUGAAUUUUUAAAUCCAAUUGGAUCAGUAAAAGAUCGCAUGGUUAUUAGAUGCAUCGAAGAUGCAGAACGAAGCGGUUUGUUGAAACCUGGUGCAACUAUAAUUGAAGCCUCCUCUGGCAACACUGGCAUAUCUGUAGCAUGGGCAGCGUCUGUCAAAGGGUACAAGUGUAUUAUAGUAUUGAUAGAUAAAAUUUCUAUUGAAAAAGAAAAUUUAAUAAAAGCAUUCGGUGGGAAAGUACUAAGAGUUUCGGCGUCGAAGGAUCCUACUUGCGAAGAAGGAUUAUUUGGUACAGUCCAUAGACUGUACAAAACAAUACCUAAUUCGAUAGUUUUCGAUCAGUUUAGCAAUCCAUCCAAUCCCAUCUCGCACUACGAUACAACAGCCGAGGAAAUUUUUCACCAAUGUGGCGGACAGGUGGAUAUGAUAGUUAUGGGGACUGGUACCGGAGGUACGCUUACGGGUAUUAGCAGAAAAUUCAGAGAAAUUUCUCCUAAUACACUAAUAAUAGGAGCAGAUCCCUAUGGAUCAAAGUUUGCUCAACCAUCUGAAAUUAACGAAACGGAUGUAAAAUUUAUCGAAAUAGAAGGAAUAGGAUUUGAAAUGAUCGCAACGGUAUGUGACAGAAGUCAAGUAGAUAAAUGGUAUAAAUUGUACGAUAAGGAUUCACUUAAUAUGUCUAGAAGGAUGAUUAGGGAAGAAGGACUAUUAGUCGGAACAAGCAGUGGCGUGAUUAUGGCGGGGGCUUUAAAAGCCAUCAAAGAUUUUAAAUUGGGAAAGGGAAAAAAAGUUGUAGUUCUUUUACCAGAUGGAACUAGAAAUUACCUAACCAAAUUCGUUAGAGAUCAAUGGAUGGAACAAAGAGGCUUCAUACCUUGUAUAAAUACCAAUAAUCACUGGUGGUGGGAUUUAAAUGCUUCCGAAAUAAAAACAAAGCCUUUAAAAAAUGUUUCGGUAACUACAUCGUUGGAAGAUGUUUUGGUUGUUAUGAACGAACUAAACGUGGACUAUUUACCCGUUGAGGAGGAUGGGAUUCUUGCUGGCAUAGUGAGCAGAAAAAAUAUUACAAAUGAAUUAAUAUCUUGUAAUACACCGAAAGAAGAAGUUAAACAAACCAUCGAACGGAUGUACUCAAAGUUACCCAAAGAUAGUAAUGUUGGUCUAGUAUCGAGAGUUCUGGAAGCAGAAAAUUACGUGGUACUUCUAGAGUCUCAAGGUAAUUUUGAGAAGCAUUUUUGUUUAUUACUUUUAGAAUUAACACUGAUUUUUGUGUACAAACUAUUGGAAAUUCGUUUGGAAUGGGUAAAUUAUUAGAUGUUGACUGUUUUAUAUAUUAAAAUCUGCUGAAAGCGAAAAGAAUAUUGCUCUAAGCUCAUUUUAAGUUAAAAAUCAAUCUCUAUCCUAAUUAGUCUUCUUAAAUAACUGGCAAGUGAUAAAUUUAAAGGGAAUGUAGUAAGUAACCCAUUCUUGGUGUAGUCAAAAGGAGGAAAGGAAAUGAGAAUUUGUUAAGGUCUCAACUCUUGUUGGAGCUUUGGCAAGAUUACUUUCGCCCUUAGAUUAAACCCUUAAAAAUAAGUCAUGGGCUUUGUAGGCCCUCUCGAGGGGGGACGGAUAUUGGGCUCCCUAACCAACGUUAAGGUGUCGAGGUCCAAAAACUCUUAACAAUAAAGUUUAGUUUAGAAAACAAAAAUUACUAAAAAACCGACUUAUAAAUAUCUGUAAACACGGUAAAACAGAAGGGAUAACAAAGUAAUGGAAAACGAAUUAAAACUUGAGUGAAUAAUACAAUUGGGACACUAUGUAAAGUAAAAAACAUAACAUCGCCAAAAAAAUUUUUUUUCUGUAUGUUUAGAGUCACUUGUGAAAGUUUUUUAUUUGUUAAAUGAAUCUAUGUUUCAGAUGGCAUCGAUAAAGCAUUAAAAAUCAUAACAUCAGACGAUGUUCUUAGUUUUAUACAGAGCAAGAAUGAAAAAUAGGAUUAUAAAUGAUUUAAAUAUAUAUUAAUUAUUACAGUU